AUGGCUUCACAGAAUCAGGUUUUUCUCCUUCUUGUCUUCAUCUCAUCUUUGGUCCACAUGAUCCUCGCUCUUCCUCCAAAUCAAUCAAACGAGAUCCCUUUUACUUGCUCUAAACAAUCUAAGCCAUGCAAUUCUAUACUCUAUCAAAACAAUGAUCUCUCUGCAAGUAAUAUAUCUUUGCUUUAUUCGGUGGAUACAUCACAUAUUAAAACCAUAGGUCAAGGAGACCACCUUAUAACUGUCCCGUGUUCUUGCCAAAAUGUGAACAACACAGUUGCAUACUUUUAUGAUACAACCUAUUUAAUAAAGCUAGAUGAUACAUUCCUGGAAGUUUCUAAUCAGUUUUAUAGUGGGCAAGCUUGGGAGAUUGGAAAUGAAGGUCGAAACUUUACAGCUGACACAAAUGCAACUAUGCAUUUAUUGUGUGCGUGUACAGAGGCAGAUACUCAAGUUAUGGUUACGUAUACAGUAGAGCAACAUGAUACACUUUCGGAUAUUGCUAGCCGACUUUCAGCUGAAGUGGAUGAGAUCGAGAGUGUUAAUAAUGGUUUGAUUAAGAAAGCGGGGUUCAUAGAGGCUGGUUGGGUCCUGUUUGUUCCUAUGUAUAAGAAUGGAGCUCCAUCACUAAAAUCAAAGAAAGCUUCGUCAGGAAAGGAUCACAAGUGGGCAAUUGUAUUUGGUGUACUCUUAGCAGUCGUUGCACUUCUAUUAUGUGUGUCAUUCAUAUUGUUCAUGAAGCGAAGAAGAUCCCAGCAACACGACAAUGAGAGCGUAAAAGCUGUAUCUAAAACUACGAGUUUUCGUAAAUCAGGUCCCAUGCAUACCCGAUACCUGAGUAAAGAAAAUAUAGAAGGUAUCACAGGUUUUGACACAGAAAGACCGUUAGUAUAUGAUCUUGAUGAGAUAGCUGAAGCCACAAAUAAUUUCGAUGAUAGCAGGAAAAUUGGAGAAGGUGGAUAUGGGAGUGUAUAUUUCGGUAUAUUAGGAGAAAAGGAGGUUGCCAUAAAGAAAAUGAGAUCCAACAAGUCAAAAGAAUUUUUAGCAGAACUCAAAGUUUUGUGCAAGAUUCAUCAUAUUAAUGUGGUGGAGUUAUUGGGAUUUGCCAGUGGAGAAGACCAUUUGUACUUGAUCUAUGAAUUCGUUUCAAAUGGAUCUUUAAGUGAGCAUCUUCAUGACCCUUUACUCAAAGGUCACCAGCCAUUAUCUUGGACUGCAAGAGCACAGAUCGCGUUGGAUGCUGCAAAGGGUAUCGAGUAUAUUCAUGAUCACACAAAGGAGCGGUAUGUACACCGUGAUAUAAAGACGACUAACAUACUACUUGAUAAAGGCCUACGUGCAAAGGUUGCAGAUUUUGGUUUGGCAAAGCUUGUUGGGAGGACAAAUGAUGAUGAUUUUAUAGCAACUCGCCUUGUUGGAACCCCAGGAUAUCUUCCUCCAGAGUCAGUCAAAGAAUUGCAUGUAACUACAAAAACCGAUGUUUUUGCAUUUGGAGUGGUUCUAGCGGAGCUUAUUACUGGAAAGCGUGCUCUUAUGCGUGACAAUCGUGAGACCAACAAGAUGAAAUCACUCAUAACAGUUAUAACCAAAGUAUUUGAAGAAGAAGAUCCGGAAGGUGCACUAGUAUCUGUUAGAGAUGGUAGCCUCAGGGACAGUUAUCCUAUUGACGAUCUUUAUAAGAUGGCUGAAGUUUCGUAUUGGUGUCUAAGUGAAGACCCAAAUAAUAGACCAGAAAUACGAGAAGUAGUGGAUUCUUUAGCUCGAAUUGUGAUGUCUUCCAUCGAAUGGGAAGCAUCAUUGGGAGGGAGUAGCCAAGUUUUUAGUGGUGUAUUCGAUGGGCGAUAAAAGAUCAUUUAACAUCAAUGACUGGAGUUACAGAAAUUACAUGGUCCCCAUGUCGAAAAAAGAAUCUGCUAAGAACUGAUAUUGUCAUUGAUUUUUCUUUCAUGUGCAUGAUAUGUAAGCCGUUUUUAGCUCAUAUGAUGCAAUGAAAAUGGUAACAGUUUUCUUUUUGCCAA